AAGCUCAAUCUUCCGUUCUGCAGAUAAGCGCUGGGGCUGUGAUGUCAGUCGGUGGUUGAUGAAAUUUAACACCGUCCCCGCUGACAUUCUUUCUUCCCCCCCCCCCACCGAAGUGCACUCCCUAUUACAGAGGCGGCAGAUGCCUUGAAGCAGGUUAAUGCUGCGCUAGGGAGCAGAAACAGGCUCGGAGAGGGCUCCUGACACCCACCUCAGCAAUGAUCCAGCGACCCGGCUGUGGAGGAGACAACUCACGGCGGGUCUGACAGGACAGUGGGAGAUUUGCCUGUGUCAGGGAGAGAGAUUCCUGGCUGGGGGAAUGCUCUCCCCCCGGGUGGACACUGUCAAAAGCAACAUGCAGACGCUGUAGCAGGUCUGAGAGAACUCGGGGCUCGCUCCGGUCGACUUUGCAAACCUGCAGAUGAAUCAGCGCCGUAGUCGAGUUCUGUUUUCGCUUCGGAUUACGCUGCCGGGACAAAUGCAUACAAAUGCAUUUAGGAGCCCAAAGGACAAGCCGUGGAUCUAUCUGUACCACCGUCAAACCGGAAUCCCUCCUUUUCUUGUUGACGAUAUGUUUGACGGCUGGACUUGCACCAAGCCACAUCCAAGGUGUAGACAUUCUCCAGAAACUUGGUCUUACAGACAAUGGAACACUGUCUUCAUCAGGAUCACCCUCCCAACAACCUUCGCUCUCGUUACCUUGGGGAACCACAGCAACAGCGACUGGUAUUAUCCUGUCAAGUGACGCACAUAUUGAAGCUCCAAUUGCGAGCAUAAUGCCAUUAAACACUAGCAACGAAUUCACUAUACUUGUUAGUCUCUGUUCUCAUCGAGUCAACAAUGCUUUUCUCUUUAGUAUUAGAAAUAAGAACAGACUUCAGUUUGGUGUACAGAUUUUACCAAGAAAAUUAGUUGUGUAUGUUGCUGAGAAGCAAUCUGUAUAUUUUGCAUAUAAUGCUCAUAAUGGGCAAUGGCAUUCCUUUGCCAUUUCGAUUAAAGGCAAAACUGUUACUUUUUCUUCCGACUGUGGGGAGAAGCUGAUCAGCAAGGAGCUGCUUGUCAAACCACAGAAACUUGUUUCUGGCAGCAAGUUAACCUUAGGAAGGAUGAACUGGAAUGCAGUUCCAUUUGAAGGAGUUUUAUGCCAGCUGGAUAUUUAUCCAAAUGCUCAAGCUUUGAUGAAUUAUUGCAAUUACGUGAAGAAGCAGUGUCGUCCAGCCGAUACUUACCGAUCCCUGUCACCCUUGCUUUCCACCACCUCUCCUGCAGUUACCAGCUCAAGCUCGGGUCACACAACAUCUUCACUGAGUGAAGAGAUGCAUGCAAGUUCAGUGGCAACAGCAACUCGUACCACAAGUGCACAUGGACAAAAUAUUACUGACGAAGAUGAAUAUUUCAGCCACUCAUUCGACAGAGUUGUUGAAACCAAUACUCAAAGGAACUUGGGUGAAUCAGAGAUUUUGACCAAAUUGCCUCAAACUUCAACCCCUAGUUUCAAUGAAACAAUAAGAUCUCAUCCAUUGAACGACUCAAGGCUUGACCCUGGACUUGUCCAUGUUCUUUUUGGCCAGCACUCUAAACCCAAUUCCCGCAAAUUCGAAGAUUCACUUAACAGGAAGGGAAGUGAAUUGGAAGCAGAUCAAUCUGAAAAUGUUACAGAGAACAGAAACCAAGAGAAUUGGAAGAUUUACGAUGAAAAUUUCUCACCCUUGACUUCACUGCUCCAACAACACAAGAUAAACGACAGCCUCAGAAAUGUAAACCAACCAGAGAUCGCAAAGGAAAUUUCAGACCAGCUCCUCGAAAGGCAGAUGAUCAAUGCAACACUGUACAGAGCAUCAAAAGACACCUCUUCACUAAAUCAGAACAGUUUAUGGGAUGAAAAUGAUUACUCAGCUGUGGAAUUAGAUCACUACACAGAAAAUUCACAAGAAAUUGAUACUGAAAACUACGACUAUGAUUAUGAAGACUUCCUUGAUUAUUUAGUUUAUGAAGGCAUACCUGGGCCGAAGGGAGAUCCAGGACCACCUGGUCCCCCAGGCCCACCUGGUGCAAUGGGUCCUCCAGGGAAACGGGGAGCGAGGGGGAUACCAGGACAACAUGGGAACCCAGGAUUACCAGGACUACCAGGCUCGAAGGGUCCAAAAGGUGAACCAGGCUUAUUUCCCAUUAAAGCGCCACCCGGAGCACAGGGCGAUCCAGGUCCCAUCGGUCCAAUUGGUCCUCUUGGUCCACCGGGUCAAAAGGGUCCCAAAGGAUACCAAGGUGCACCUGGACCCCCAGGGGAACGUGGUCCCCCUGGGCCGGAUGGGAACCCGGGAGUGAGUGGAUACCCAGGCAGGCAGGGUUUAGCUGGGCCCAAAGGAAAUCCUGGCCCGAAAGGUAGACCGGGGUUUAUAGGACCUCCUGGCAUGGGUGGACCACGCGGGCCAGAAGGUACAAAGGGUAUUGCUGGACCCCACGGGAGAAAGGGCCCCAAAGGAAGACCGGGAUAUCCAGGAGCGAUUGGAGCAAGAGGCCCUCCUGGUUCUGAUGGCAGCCCAGGAUUGGUCGGAGGAAUUGGUCAACCUGGAUUUCCUGGCCUCAGGGGUGAUGUAGGUCCUUCAGGAUUAAUUGGUCUCCCAGGAAUUCCAGGGCCUCAGGGUCUGGUAGGAAGUGUUGGACAGCCUGGAUUGAAAGGUGAUAAGGGGGAUCAUGGUGUGCUGGGUGCACCGGGGGAGCGAGGAUACCCUGGAGACCAGGGAGCGACUGGUUUGCUGGGACCACCAGGAAUGAGAGGAAAACCAGGACCACAGGGUAAAGUUGGAGACCCCGGACCACAAGGAUUACCAGGUCCUCGAGGACCAGAGGGGUUCCCAGGAGACAUUGGUUUACCAGGUCCGAAUGGGCCACAAGGCACAAAGGGAGCUCCAGGUGACAGAGGACCAUUAGGACCCCAGGGCACAAAGGGUCAAGAGGGAGAUGAAGGCCCAAUGGGUCCUCCAGGAAGUCAUGGACCACUGGGAAGACCGGGUCGGAAAGGAUACCCUGGAGUGCUUGGAUUAGACGGCGUUAAGGGAGAACAAGGAGAUGUGGGAAACAUUGGGAAGAUUGGAUUACAGGGUCCUGUUGGCUUGCCUGGUCCGAGAGGCCCCACAGGAAUACUUGGUGAAAAGGGUGAUCGUGGUGAUCUGGGUCCUCUGGGAUCUCCUGGAGAGAAAGGAUCCACGGGUUACAUGGGUUCUCCAGGCCUGCCAGGUCCUGUUGGUGAACAGGGGCAACCAGGUCUGCCAGGGCAGAGAGGAACACCGGGCUUACCAGGUACCAAAGGGAGAAGAGGACCAAGAGGCCCUGAAGGUUCCCCAGGAGAACAAGGGCCCAAAGGUAACAAGGGAGAAAGAGGUGACGUGGGUAGAAAAGGUGAAACUGGACUUAUUGGAAAAGCUGGGAAUCCUGGAGAGCAGGGAGCGCAGGGUGCCCCUGGAUUGACAGGACCUCCUGGGAGCACUGGAGAGAUGGGACCUCCUGGAAAACCAGGGCCUCGAGGACAACCUGGAGAGAUUGGUACUGCUGGAGGAAUGGGUCCAGAGGGACCAUCAGGACCAAUGGGAGAUCCCGGACACCCAGGGGAAGCUGGUUUUAAGGGUGAGCUAGGACUAGCUGGAAGUAUAGGAGAACCAGGACAAAUCGGUUUGAGGGGAGAACCAGGUCCAGUUGGAGAAGAUGGGAUUCAAGGAAAAGAUGGGAUCCAGGGUGAACAGGGUGAUCCAGGUCCGAAGGGGGAAAUUGGGGAGAAAGGUGACACUGGAGCUCGGGGAGUUGCUGGUGCCGUUGGACCACCUGGGAUUAAUGGAAUGCCGGGACCCGAAGGGAAACGGGGCACGCCAGGACAACGAGGUCGUUCAGGGAAAAAGGGUGAGAAGGGGCACCGGGCAGCACCUGGGGAACAAGGUGAUCGAGGUGAACCAGGACAACAAGGAGACCCAGGGCCCAAAGGAGUGAGGGGCUCCCGAGGAUCAAGGGGUCCUCCUGGUUUAAUGGGACCACUGGGAGAGCCAGGACUUGUGGGAUAUCCGGGUCAUCAAGGGCCAUCGGGACCUCAAGGACCCCCAGGACCAAAGGGGGAGAAGGGCUAUCCAGGAGAUGACAGCACUGAGAUUGGACUCCCUGGGCCUCUAGGUGAACCAGGUCCUGUAGGUCCUCGUGGAGAUAGUGGUGAGCCAGGAGAUGAAGGAUUCAAGGGUUAUGCAGGAUUGCCAGGACUGAGGGGAGCUGCGGGACAGCAAGGACUGCCGGGAAAUCCAGGUGAACCAGGAGAGCAAGGGCCUAAAGGAGAGAAAGGAAAGGAGGGUGUAAAAGGGGCAAAAGGAUCUCGUGGUGAUCCCGGGAAACCAGGCUUAUCGGGGAUCACAGGACCACCUGGGAAAAGAGGAGUGGCAGGACAGCCAGGAUUGAGGGGAAAGCCUGGGAAUGUCGGAAAGCCAGGAAUUCCUGGAAGUCCUGGGCGACCUGGUGAUCUGGGCAAUACUGGGCUUGUCGGACUGGCUGGUGCACCGGGACCAAGGGGCGCUCCUGGACGGCCAGGUGUGGUGGGUGACAGAGGGCGACAAGGACCAAAGGGUGAGAAAGGUUUGCCAGGUCAACCUGGAUUGCAAGGCAACCUAAGGGGUCGCGCUGGAGUGCAAGGUGAUCAAGGAACCUUUGGGGAACCUGGUCCGAAAGGACAGAAGGGGGAUGAUGGUGAUCGAGGCUUGAUGGGGUUUCCUGGUUUUCAAGGUCCAAAAGGCCCUGUUGGCGAUAUUGGUUAUAAAGGAAUUCGAGGUCCAAAAGGCCCAAUGGGGUCAUUUGGAAAUAGCGGACCAUUUGGACCCACUGGAAUUAUCGGUCCUGCUGGUAAACCGGGUCCAAAGGGAGUGAAAGGGGCCAGAGGGGAAAUGGGACCUGAAGGGCCACGCGGGCAGCCAGGACCACCUGGUCCUCCUGGGACUCCUGGUCCAUUGAGACAUGCGGAUAUCAAUGCAGCAAUUCAAGCCUUGAUUGCAUCCAAUGAAGCCGUUCAUUUUGAGAAUUACCAGAACACUGAAGUCCCACUCGUACAGCAAGGAAUGGAGAUUUUCAAAACUUUACACUAUCUCAGCAGCUUGAUGCAAAAUAUCAAGAACCCCCUGGGAACCAAGCAACAUCCUGUUCGGAUUUGCCGGGACUUGCUGAACUGUGAAAGUAAAUUAUCUAAUGACAAAUACUGGAUUGACCCCAACUUGGGCUGCUCUUCGGAUACUAUCGAAGUAUUCUGCAAUUUUAACACUGGUGGCCAAACAUGUUUACACCCUGUCACUGCGUCCAAGCUGGAUUUUGGAAUUGGAAAAGUACAGAUGAAUUUUUUACAUUUGCUAAGUUCAGAAGCCAUACAGACAAUUACAAUUCAUUGUCUCAAUUUCCCAGUUUGGAAGAACAGUAGCAACAAGGAUCCUUUCGCUAAUUCCAUACACUUCAGAGGAUGGAAUGGUCAGAUAUUUAAGGCAAAUACAGUAUUUCAACCCAAGGUUAUAAGAGAUGGGUGCAAGAUUCAAGAUGGGACAUGGCAACAGACACAGUUCGUUUUCAAUACUCAGGUUGUUAGUCAACUUCCGAUCGUGGAAAUUCACAAGCUCCCUCACAUCACAUCAGCGAAACAGUACCUAAUAGAAAUUGGCCCAGUCUGCUUUCUGUAGAAAGAUAACCCAGCUAAGUUGCCCUCAUUAAGUCUGUCGGGAAGUUAGACACCCUGGAGCUGUCAGUUUUUGGAGGGAUUUUCUCUGCUCGCUGUGGAGAGCUCAGGAACAAUUUUUAUUCAAACUGACUCCUCAUGAAGAGUGAAUUGAUGCCUCUCAGUCACUGCAGUUAGCUGGAAAUGAAGGCAUCUGAUGGAUCAGGCAUAAUAUUCUGCGCUCCAAGUCGCAGAAACUUUCAGUAACAUAUCAAUUGAGACUUCAGCUCCACUCACUCAGCCAAGACUGAGAAAGAAAGACCCUGAAGAGCACUGAAGGCUAUUUAUUGCAGAAUGUCCAAUGUCUUCCAAUGAGAGGUGGAAGACAGCUCUAAACAAGUGUGCAGUUUUAUCUAGUCUUAUCUAUGUCUAGAAGUGUCCUCUACCUCUGAUACCCUACCUGUCUUCCAUCUGGACUUUUGAAACUUCUGGAUGUUCCUCAUGUUCAACAGUCUACAGGCCAGUCUGUCUUGCCCACUUUGUGGUGGCACGGUGGCUCAGUGGUUAGCACUGCAGCCUCACAGCGCCAGGGACCCGGGUUCAACUCCCGCCUCAGGCGACUGUCUGUGCGGAUUUUGCACAUUCUCCCUGUGACUGCGUGAGUUUCCUCCCACAGUCCAAAGAUGUGCAGGCCAGGUGAAUUGGCCAUGCUAAAUUGCCCGCAGUGUUCAGGGGUGUGUGGGUUAUGGGGGCAUGGGUCUGGGUGGGAUGCUUCAAAGGGCGGUGUGGACUUGUUGGGCCGAAGGGCCUGUUUCCACACUGUAGGGAAUCUCAUCAUAUCCAUGUAUCUAAGGUUAGCAAGAGUCAGGGUGAUUCCCAAUUAAAUGCAAGCCAUAGUUGGUUUUCAAUGAUAGAAGCAGCCAAUUAGCUCAGAAGUAACCUUCCUGCAGUCUGCGCAGCUAAAUCCAAAGGGCCAAAGGGCCUGCACUGUGCAGUAAUGUUCUAAUCCGUCCCAGGCCUUAGAGAAUUGCUUUGUGCUGUUAUUGGCACCUGACUGAGAAGGGUCUAAUUUAUCAAGAGCUAGGUUGAGUUCCUCCAGCACCACUUGAUAAUAAAAUGCUUUUCUCUGGUGCAUUUUGGACCAAUGCCCUUGUUCAGACAUUGGGUGACUGAGCUGCCGUUGAGGACUCACUCUCCACUGAUAGGCAUGCCUCCUCAGAGUCAUCUCGACCCAAAAGACCCUUCCAAUUCCAUCCCUGUCCACUCACUCCCAUCAGCUCCAUACCCCCCACACAACCCCAAUUCCCAACCCCAACUUGCAUCCAAAACACCAUUGCCAAUGCUCAGCAGAAGGCAUUCUGUAGUGUAGCACCAAGCACAGACACAGACCCGUCCACCUACAUAUACCCAUCGGGUAGUGGUCAUACAGGUGAGGCUCUUUAGCUGAACGUCGACCAAGGUGGGGACUGAACCCCGGUUCUUGCCUUACACAUUGGCAUUCACGGGUGAUGCCCCUUCCCCUGUCAUUCCUGAACCUCAGAGUUUUCUCAUGUGAUGGACAUCUCCCUUCAGCAGAUACAGAUACAAAUACAAAGAACUGCAUACUAGUGCUUCUGACACAUCAGCCUCCUGGAUGUCCAAGGUGCUAGUCAAUAAGGUGCUACGGUUUUGAUAUGAUAUUGUCUUUUUGAAAUGUAUGUACUGGUUACAUUCAGUAUUUUUCUGUUUUAAAAGUACUUAUUUGGUCAUUUAUUUCUAUAAGAAAUAUUAUUUAUAUGAACUGUGUAAUUAUACCAAUUGUGUCUUACAUUGUAUGGAUGUGCUGUACAGAUUGGCACAGUGUGUGUGGUCACUGUAGAUAGACAAAAGUUCUUCGCUAGUUAGAGGAAUGUUGUAGAACAGCUACAUGCUUUCUGUUCAGCUUUAAGAUUGUACCUUGCUAUUAUAUAUUAAAUCUUGCUCACUCA